UUUCUCUUUAACGGGCCCAUUGGAUUUGGGCCCAUUUCCCCCAGCAGAAGGGUUUGUUUUCAGUGCAGGAGGAGGAGGAGGAGGAGGAGGAGGAGCAAGUGGUGGGGGUGGUGGAGGUGUGGGGAGCGCUGCAGGAGAAUGAGUGGGGCGGGAGCGCCCGAUUUCUUCUACAGGGAGGCUCAGCGCCUCGGUUACGUUGCUCGCUCUGCUUUCAAGCUGCUUCAGAUGCAGAAGCAAUACAAACUCAUAAAACCCGGCUCAUCUGUUCUCGACCUCGGUUGUGCCCCUGGAGCCUGGCUUCAGGUAGCUUGUCAGAGCUUAGGUCCAUUAAAAAAUGGUGGGGCUGUUGUGGGUAUUGAUUUAAAGAAGGUGAAGGUUCCUUCUCUUCACUGUGACGCCAGGGUUCAAACCGUUUCUGCAGAUGUUAUAAACCUUCCCAAGGAACAAGUUAGAGCCCUCUCUCCUCAGCAGAAAGGGUUUUCGGUGAUACUCUCGGAUAUGUGUCCCUUGGUUUCUGGAAUUACAACCAAAGAUGCAGCCUUGUCUGCAGAGUUGGGGAUGCGAGCGAUCGACUUGGCUCUUGGAGCAGCUUUCAUAGAUCAUCCUGAUGAUGAUGUUCAAAGGAAGAAGCAGUCUGAUGGUUCUGUUUCUGCUCCAAAUAACAGUGGGGUGCUGCGACAAGGGGGCAACCUUGUGAUUAAGCUUUUAGAGAGUGAAGAUGUUAAGGAAAUUAUCCAGAUUUGCAAGCCACUUUUUGGGAAAGCAUCAUGGUUAAGGCCUAAAGCUACAAGAUCUUCAUCAAGAGAAAUUUACUUGGUUUGCCAAGGUUUGCGGUAGUAGGUGAAGAAUUGUACCUAUGGUUGGUUUCAGUCCCAUAAUUGGGCAGCUGAAAAUCCAUUUUUCUUGGACGACACUCACAAGUAUUCCUUGCCGUGGAUUGUCCCACUGGUUGGACAUCUGUGAAUUGUAAUAUACACUCUGUUUGGGAGCUUGGAUUUCAAAGUUGGAGUUUAAAUUUGUAUUUAACAAAAUUCAGUUCAAAAUUGUAUUCAUUUUCAUCCAACCCACAAAAAUUCAAAUGUGCACCUGGCAUCUUUGCUCUCAAAUAAAACUUAAAUCAUUUCAUUUUC